CAUUUAUUAUAUUAAUGUACAUAGAUUUUUUUUAACUGAAAGAAAAAAAAUGAACUGCUGUAUAUAGUAGAGUUACAUAGUCGCGCGUCAGGCCCGCGAGCCUGACUGCGGUCAUAUAAGCUGAGGUCUGGGCCCACCACGCACGCGCACAGCCGGAUUCCAUUCUGAGUGGACGGACCGCGUACUGUCAGCUUUCCUGAGCAGCUAAACAAGACACAAAGGCUCUUUUAAGAGCCCCUACCAGAGCAUCUUUGGCUUUAUCUUCACUGUUGUCUCCACAAUUUUCGGACACUUUUUAUUUCAAGCAUGGACUCCAAAUCCAGGAGGCAGCGAUACACAAGGCAGUGGAAAUGUGCCCGAAGGUCACUGGCUGAAAGGAUUGUCGAAGAACAAUUACAAUGCAAUCCAAAUACAUUUCAACACGGACAAGAUCCGAUCAACAUGAUGGAAAGAAAUGACUAUGACGCUGACAUGCAAAGUGCUUUUGAGUGUGUAGAGAAUGAAGGCAGUGAGCAAAACUGCAGUCCAUGGCAUGAGGGUGUGGAAUACGGGGUCAUCGAAGGAAACUGCAGCUCAGGACAGAAGAGUGGGAUUGAUGCAGUCAGUGAGGCAAACUGUAGUUCAGGGACUGAAGAUGUGGAAAUGCCCCCAGCCUCACUUACAAUGUUUCUGCAGGAGUGGAGUGUGAAACACCUCAUAACACAUAAUGCAAUUGAUGACCUUCUGAGAGGACUUCAGAAACAUGGACACCCAGUACUGCCGUCAACAGCAAGAACCUUGCUCAGAACCCCAAGACAAAUCAAAACAUUGACAAUGUCAGGGAUGCAGUGUGUUCACUUAAACUUGAGAGAGAGCCUAAUUGAGCAGCUAAAGCACUACCCAAAGGAGAUUACUGAACAAAUAAGAACACUGGAAAUAUCCUUUAACAUAGAUGGACUGCCUCUUUUCAAAAGCAGCAGGGCACAUCUUUGGCCAAUUCUCUGUGCUAUUCAUCUGACACCCACCAGAGUCUUUCCAGUAACACUGACACUUGGCCCUUCCAAACCAACAAAUCUGGAUUUUGUUGAACAAGCUUUGAUAGAUGUUCAGGAACUCCUUGACAAUGGCUAAGAGGGAAAACAAUUAAAAAUUAGAUGUGUUGUCUGUGAUGCACCAGCAAGAGCGAUGGUAAAAAAGAUCAAGCAAUAUUCUGGCUAUUAUGGGUGUGACAAAUGCACACAGAAGGGCAGAUGGGUUUCUGGUAGAGUGACCUACCCAAAGGUGGACAACCUCAUCCUACGUAGUGACGAAACACAUUGUGCUGAAAUGAUCAGACGGGAGCAAAAUGAGUCCAUUCCAGUGUCUCCUUUUUUAAGGCUGCCGAUGGACAUGAUAGCACAAUUCCCAAUUGAUUACAUGCACCAAGCCUGUUUGGGUGUUAUGAGAAAACUCAUCACAGAGUGGAUAAGAGGAGAUAGAAAGGCGCGAAUGUCUGCUGUUCAAAUAAAAGAAGUGACCCAAAGACUUCUGUCACUCAGGAAAGCUAUUCCAAGCUGUUUUCCCAGAAAACCAAGGGGUCUAGAGGACAUAGACAGGUGGAAGGCAACUGAACUGCGUCAGUUUGCUGUGUACACUGGCAAGAUUGUGCUAAAGAUAAUACUGUCUGACCAGCUGUACGACCACUUCAUGGCAUUCAGUGUUGCCUUGAGCCUUCUCCUUUCACCCAGCUUGGCAGUCAACCACAACAAGUACAGCACUGAUCUGAUGACUUACUUUGUCGCAAAAACAAAAGACCUUUAUGGCGAGCAAUUCAUGGUGUAUAACAUCCAUUCAAUGAUACACCUACCUGCAGAAGCAAUUCAUUUUGGGAGUCUUGAUGCUUGCAGCGCAUUCCCAUUUGAGAAUUUUCUUGGAAAAAUCAAGCGACUCGUGAGGUCAGGAAAACAACCACUUGUUCAAGUGGCCAAGCGCUUGAUGGAGAUUUCAGUCUCUCCACAGACUCAAUCUGUGGUGGCCGCAAAGUGCAAAUUGUCAAGACCAAACAAUGGCUUCAUUCUUGGCGAGGGAAAAUGUUGUGAGGCCAUUCAAGAGAGGGUUGAGUCAGAUGAGUCUGGCUCCCCUGUGGUAUUGUGCAAAGUAUUCGAAAAAUGUGAACCACUUUUUAUGGACCCAUGUGACUCACGAAUAAUUGGCUGUUUCAAAGUCCAGUCAAGACAAUGCAGAGUGAAACUUGUACCAGAACAACAGUUGACAAGACCUGCCAUAUUGCUGGAAAAAAACCAGGAGAUUGUUUUUUUGUCCAUCUUGCAUAAUAUUUAAAUUCCAUCAUGGCAAACCUGGCUAACAAUUUCCAUCUAAUGAUACAAAAUUUAUCAUGGCAUCCAUCAUGGCAAACCAGGCUAACAAUUUCUAUCAAAUGAUACAAAAUUCAUCAUGGCAAUAAGAUGGAGAAAAAAACUUUUGCGGUUGUGGAAUUUGCCGAUGACAAUUCUAUAGAAAUUGUCCCAACCACGUGGUUGGAGGAAGCCGCCGAAGGAACAUUCUGUUACUGGACAUUUACCAACACAAGGAAGUUGGUAAAAAAGAAUGCAAUGCCUGACAAGCAAAAGUGGAGGCGGCACCCCAUUAAGAAGAUUUGGCUACAAACAGACUCAUUUGAAAAAGCCCUCCAGAAAUCCCAGCGAGCCACAGAGACGUCCAAUAUUGAAACCGAGGACACAUCCAUUAAAAAGAGGCCACACAAAAAGCCAAGCAGAUUUCACUCGGAAAAUGAUAUCACCUCAGAUGAUGACAGCAGAGAUACUCCAAUAAAGAAAAAUAAAAUAUCAAAACCUGUUCCACCCAAAUAUCAGCCAUUGCCUAAAACAUUCCCACAAGACAUGGAAAGACAACAAAAGACAAGAUCACCAGAUUUAUUCUCAGAUGAAUCAUUGCCGGAGUGCUCACUGACAAAUAUGUCACCGCUCCAUCAAGUAUCAGAUCUUCUCUUGAAUGAGCCACAGAACCCAACUGAGGAGGCCACAAAAAACUAUCGCACAAAAGUCCUGCAGAAAUUACAGGAGCUGGUUGAAAACCAACAGGACAUCCUUGCAAUGCAACGCACAGUAUUGGCUGCUCUGGCUCCUAGUAACAUGGCAGAUGAGGAUAUCCUUGAUGGACCCUGCCAAACAUUAGAGGAUUUCGCACAGUUGGACAAAAUGCUGGAAAACGGCGACAAAAGGACAAAGAUGUUGAACUACCUACGGUCUCUUGGCGGAGCUGAUGAAGGUGCCGCUGUCCGCAAAAUGAUGCGUAAAGUGGCCUCGACUGAAGUGUUGAGUGCCUACAGCCUAAAGGGGAGGAAAGGCAAACUCGCCUUUCAAAGCCUCAGAAUUUGCAAUAUUAUAAUAAGUGUGUGUUCUUUCAUCAGUUUACCUGAAUCCUCUCUUGUUCAUAUUGGUUAAAAAUCAUUUAGCUAAAUUAAUUUAACUGAGUUAUUAGACGCACAGAUGACUCAACACAGAUUGUUCCUUUGUGCACACCAGCCUGAUGAUACUACAAAUUAGUGAUCGAGAACUCCAGGGAAUGGUAAUCUAAAAUGUCCUUUAUUUGUACGUUUUGUUGUGGUGCACCUUCCUAAAUGUUUCCUUAUUCAAAGGAUGCAUGUCCAUCGUAAGCAAAGCACUUUGUGGUUCGGUUUCAAAACAUUAAGGAAAUAGAAAAUAAAGUGCAGGCUGCUCGCUGUUAAAAAAGUUAUUAAGAGAGAUAAAGGCCACAACAUGCAACACUCUUCUGCACACACAAGGAAGAAGCAUACAAACAUGCCAAAUAAAAUAAAUAAAAGGAUUACAUUGUAAAAGGUUAACCAUGCCCUAAAUACACCUGCGCCAUGGACUUCAGACUAUGCGUAUAUCCACAGGUGUCAAACUCAGUUCCUGGAGGCCCGCAGCUCUGCACAUUUUAGCUCCAAUCCUUAUCAAACACACCUUAUUCAGCUAAACAACAUCUUCAGGAUUACUAGAAACUUCCAAGCAGGUGUAGUUUAGAGCUGUUUUGAGUUAAACCGUGCAGAACUGCGGCCCGCCAGGAAUUGAGUUUGACACCUCUUGUCUGUAUCAUCCAAAGUAGAUUCGUAAAUGCGAGUGCGACAUACAUACCAUAUAGA